GACAGUGGAAUCAGAAGUAAAGGGAAACCUCCAUUCGUGACGUCAUAUCCUCGCGAUCCCAGGAACUUGGAAUUACAAAGGAAAAGUAUUAGUGCUCAUACUGGUUUCAGUUGCUUAGGUGAGUAUAGCCAACUAUAUAUACACAUGUGUUUAUACCUCAAGCGUAGAGAUAUGUGUUUAUACCUCAAGCGCAUACAUGGCAUUGUACAUUGUACCCACAUGUGUUUAUACCUCAAGCGCAUACAUGGCAUUGUACCUUGUGGAUAGAAUUCUACCAUAUUAAUUUAGCAUGAGUGUGUCUCAAAAAGAUCGAGAAAAUGUCCACCUUAAUUCGUACGUACUCGGUGAGAAGGUUAAGCCCAAUAGCUCUUUGCUCGAAACGUCGAAUUGUUUUUAAUCCUUUCAGGUACUGUAGUUCAGAUACAAACCAUGGCAGCUGACUAGACAUAAUUUCCGUCAGACGUUUUCACUCCUUAUUUAUAGGCAACGCAGAUUAUCUGAUGCGGGAUGUUCGGCCUGAACAGUUAAAUACCACAAAUCCCCUAUUAACUCCCCUUGCAAAAUAUGCCACUCCCUACUACCCCUCGCCCCCCCCCCCUCACCUUCCAAACGAAAAACAUUAAGUAACGCCCUCACAAUAAAGAAUCACAUGUGUACAUAUUAGUUAGAUUUAUUAAUUGGAAUUUCACGUUGAUGCAUGACAGUAAAAUUAACCACCCUCUCUAUUAACCCCUCCCUAUUAACCCCUCCCCCUUUCCAAUAAUCUCCAUCCAAAAAAAAAGUAGGAAGUAACAGGCCUUGAGCUUCGGGAAGGGAGAUAAAGGCGUAAUAGAACUUUACAGUUGUUUCAACUAGAAAUGUACGUAGCUUGGUACAGGUGAUGCACCAGGAUCAAUAUUAAUAUGUGCUACAUUCUUCAGACAAUGUUGUUGUGCUUCCAUAUUACUCUGUUUGCAUUAAAAUUUGGCAUAUAUAUGCAUUAGCAAUUCAAGUCACACAGACUGUUCUCAUUUUCAGAUCGUAAUGGAACGAAAGUAAAGGAAGAGAGGCCAAAAUAUUUUCUAACCUCUACAAAACAGCAACCGAAAUGGGAUCACAAUUUGAUCUUAACAAAACAG